AUGGCGCCGCUGCUGGGGCAGAGGGAGGAGCUGCAGGAGCAGGAGAAGCGAGGCGGAGUCCGAGCCGAGGACGACGCUCCGCGCGAUGAGCUGGCUGAGAAGAUGGCGCGCCUUGGUCUCCACGAGCCGGCCGAGGCAGCCGGCGAGGACUCGGCGGCGGUGGAUCGCUUCUCGCCGGCGUUCCUUAGGCCUCACCGUGCCGCGGACCAGAGCGCGUUGCAGCCGGCGUCGAUAGUGCGGGCCGCCGGUCCGGCGGCGCCGUCUCCGAUGCCCGACGCGCGGCGCUUCGCGGAAGGCCGCCUCCGCCGCGGCGGCCUCGCUCGUGGGCCCCGGAACGAGCCGGGCGCUGGUACCCCUGCUGCUGCUCGCGGCGUCCUACUAACUGGCGACCACGCGUACAUGACGCCGCCGCGGCACCUGCAUGGCAUGGCUGCCAACCGGCAGUUGCAGGAUCCCAACUUGUUUUCCCACGUGAACGAGCAAGCGGUGCUCUUCGCGCUGUCCCAAGAAACCCCUGAGAAAAUCGUGUCGUACGCCUGCGACCUCUUGCUCUCGGAGAGCACACACGGGCAGCAGAUGUUCUACCUGAUCUUCAAUCACUGCCACCACCAGCUCCGGGAAUGGGUCAUUGCUAAGAUCACGCAAGACAGGAGUUUCUACAGCCUUUGUGUCCGGAGAACAAAUGAGGUGGUUUUCAUGAUCAAUUCUUGCGAAACUCGGAAAUCAAUGCAACUUUUCGGAGAUGCUAUGGUGCCAUGGAUGUCACCGAGUCAAAUGCGGGUGCUCCUGUCAGAUUCAAAAAGACUCCAAGUGAUCCAUGCUUUUAUAAAGAGCUCCCCUCCAGACAUUGCUCAGUUCAUUUUUGAAGCUGUUGCUAAGGAGUGUACAAGACUUGCACGUCAAUCAAAUGGACUGAGCCUACUGCAAAAUUGCUUAGAACGCGUCAGCUGGAUGGAAAUGGAUAACAUUUUGAUCAAACUCUCUUACCAGAGCCUUCAUCUAGCUUUAAAUUCUUGUGGGAACUGGAUUCUUCAGGAUAUUCUAAAAAAGGGAGACUCCUUUCACAUUGCAGUUAUUGCAUCUUGCUUAAGAAAUCACUAUGUGACACUUGCAAAAAAUAAAUAUGGCAGCAAUGUUGUUGAGUGGUGUUUAAAGGUAUUUAAUGAAGGAGAGCGAUCAGUCAUUGUAAAUGAAUUGAUUUACUAUGCUCACUUCAGAGAUCUUGUGACUCAUGAGUUUGCUAAUUUUACUCUCUCCACUGCUCUUGAAGUCUGUAAGUAUCCUCUUCGAAACAUUUUAGCCAAUGCUAUCCUUUCCCAAAACAUUAUGGUUAGGAAUCAACAUUGUACAAAGAUCUUUAGCAUACUGGCCAGAUAUGGGUUUAUUCAGAGAACAUUUUUGAGGGACUUUUGA